AUGAGCAGGAUAUCGCAUCAUCGUGCCGUGUUCACAGUGGCACUUCAUCACGGACUGGACCUCGAGAAUAAUCCAGAUGCAUACAAGACCAAGGGUCUGAUUAUACAAUUUACAGACAAACCUCACUGCAUGGACUACCCGCCGCCGCAGAGAUACAAUGUUGCUCAAGGACAUGUCUGCAAUAUCGACUUCAUUCGCCGGACAACCGACGGCGAUCUCUCGGACUUUGAUCAAGCAAUUGCAGAGGGCCGCCGAAUGGGCAUUAUGGUCUUUUGUUACAGAGAAAACCUGGUCAGGCAGUGGCAAAGAGUCACUAUGCCGCCGCCGAUAUUUCUCAAGAGAGCCGCGCGAACCGUCGAAGGGCCAAGAGACUCAUGGGUGAUGUGGCUGGACAAGGCCGUCAACGAAAACUUCGAAGCUAAAAUCAAGUUCUCAAAGCCACCCGCUCGCAAUGAUGGACGGCGUUAG